UUUGUUUAGCCUAAAACAACGAAAUGUAGGCUACUGUAGACCAAUUGCUACUUUUAUGAUGGGAUAUUCGGAUUCCGGCUUCAAUUUCAAUAGCUCUGGAACGAAACGUCAAAUAAUUUAACAAAUCAAUGACACAGUUCAGUGGCAACACUUGCUGUAGAAUCUUACUGUCCCAAACUACAGAAUAGAUUUACAUUUGCGGUUCGCAUGCAACGUAAAUUGUGAAGCUGAUCCUGGCACCGCUAUUUGCAAAAUGAUAUUCAGCAUUGAAGCGAGACGUAUACGAUUUCUAUUAGUGGAAUCUCGCUAGAAUUGUAGGCGAUUAAAGGUUUUCGGCAAGCUCCAUUUGAUAGACCAUAUUUGUGAACACGGUAAAACGUCAUUUCAGGAGGUUGCACUGACAGUUUGCCUACUCUUGCCAAGCUAGUUUAACUAGCUAGGUAGCUAACAAAUUUAUUUUAGAGGUGAAAUGCUGAAUUCUGUGCAAUGAACAUAACACGGCCGUGGACGUUUUGAUUAGCUAAUCGCGACUAUUUUAAAUAAGAUGCGUGUUUAUAGGCUAUGCUACAUACAAGGAUUUAAAUGGAAAGAUUAAUCGCUGAAUUUGUGUUUCGCAUUUGUUGCAACACAUUGUGCCUCUAAUUUGUGGUGUUGAAUGCCGUUGCUUUGCGCUGUAAAUUCUGCCGCAGGUAUAGGCUAAUCUACUAGUGAAUUACGUGUUUUCAGUUGUAGAAAUGAUCAUCGCACAUCAAACUUUAAGGUGCGGCAAGUCAGCAGCAUGUCGUGUCCUUAAUUUUCAUUCAAUGAGAGCAUUCCGUCUUUCAACCACACCCCAUGAAAUGGCGUCUUUCAGGCAUACAUAUUCCAAGAGAAUAGAGGGACUGGAUAAGAAUGUUUGGGUGGCUUUUACCUCUGUGGCAGCAGACCCUUCCAUUGUCAAUCUGGGCCAAGGAUACCCAGAUAUCCCUCCUCCAGCAUACAUCAAGGAAGGCUUGGUAGAGGCUGCAAGAGUGGACAGGCUGAACCAGUACACAAGAGGAUUUGGGCAUCCAUCUCUAGUCAAGGCUCUGUCACAAGUGUAUGGGAAAGUAUAUGACAGAUGCAUCGACCCAUUCAAAGAGAUUUUGGUAACGGUAGGAGCAUAUGGUUCUCUAUUCAGUACCAUGCAAGGCCUGGUAGAAGCAGGUGAUGAGGUUAUAAUUAUUGAGCCUUUCUAUGAUUGCUAUGUACCCAUGGUCCGAAUGGCAGGAGCUAAGCCCGUUUUAAUUCCCUUAAGGCCUAAGUCUGAAAACAAGGCAAGCCUCACAAGUGCUGACUGGGUUCUGGAUCCAGAUGAGCUAGCGAGUAAAUUUAACUCAAAAACCAAGGCCAUAAUUAUCAACACGCCCAACAAUCCUGUUGGGAAGGUUUUCACCAGAGAGGAGCUGCAGGUGAUUGCUGACUUGUGCACGAAGUACGACACACUCUGCUUCAGUGAUGAGGUUUACGAAUGGAUUGUAUACAAAGGCCACGAGCACGUCAAAAUAGCUACUUUCCCUGGUAUGUGGGAGAGAACCAUCACUAUAGGCAGUGCUGGGAAGACCUUCAGUGUGACUGGAUGGAAGCUUGGCUGGUCCAUUGGCCCUGAACACUUGGUCAAACAUCUUCAGACAGUAAUGCAAAAUACAUUGUAUACCUGUCCUACCCCUUUACAGGAGGCUGUAGCUCAAGGAUUCCUCCGGGAAUAUAGCCUAAUGGGCAGCAAGGACUGCUACCUCUCCUCACUGGCUGUGGAGCUGGAGGAGAAGAGGGACCGGUUGGCCACCAUCCUCCAGUCUGCCGGCAUGUCCCCUGUCAUUCCCGAGGGAGGCUACUUCAUAAUCACAGACGUGACCGCUCUCAACGCAGACCUGUCACAAAUGGGAGAUGAUGAUGCGUAUGACUACAAGUUUGUGAAAUGGAUGAUCAAGGAAAAGAAACUAGCAGCUAUUCCAGUGUCAGCAUUCUGCGGGGAUGAUUCAAAGAAGGAAUUUGAGAAGUACAUCCGGUUUUGCUUCAUAAAGCCAUUUGGCAGCAAAAUAGGAAUGCACACACGGAGAAGCACCUCAUACCUACUGUCAAAUAUGGAGCAAGACAGCACUUUGGAUGCAGCAGAGGUCAUACUGCGUAACUGGAACAAAGACUCCUAAAGCGGUAAUAAGUGCAACACUGUCCCUGCUUCCAAGGUUGCAUCUGCUUAGUAGGGACAUUGAGCAUAUUCUCUGAUGCGUGUUGCAGUGUGUAGUGCAAAAAAGAAGCUACUGUAGGUUUAUAAUUUCAGUAUGAAGACUGUUACUAUAUUCAAUGGGCUUAUGCCCUUUCUUUGAUUUGUGGCACCCUUGUGUGGCAUCAAGCAAUAACUUGAAUAAAAAAAUGUAUGAAAAGUGAAAUAAUGUGUGCUCAAAAAAUAAAAUGGCAAAUGCUUUAAAAAUCCA